CGCUGACGUCACGCGCCGGCGGCGCUGUCGGCGCUGGCCCCGGCGGGCGGGAAGAUGGCGGCGGGCGGCGGGGGCGGGGGCGGCGACGGCGGCGGCCCUGAGGCACCAGGCUCCAGCCCUUCCCGAGGGGAGCCCUGAGGGCCCCACGCUCGCCCCGCCAUGAGCAGCAAGGAGCACCCCGAGGUCUCAGCAGAGAGGAGCCACCUGAAGGUUUUCCUGCCGCGGAAGCUGGUGGAGUGUUUGCCCAAAUGUCCCGUCCUCCCCAAGGAGCAGCUGCGCUGGAACACCAACGAGGAAAUCGCCUCGUACCUCAUCACCUUUGAGAAACACGACGAGUGGCUCUCGUGCUCCCCAAAAACCAGGCCGCAGAACGGGUCGGUGAUCCUGUACAACCGGAAGAAGGUCAAGUACCGCAAGGACGGGUACUGCUGGAAGAAGCGCAAGGAUGGGAAAACGACGCGCGAGGACCACAUGAAGCUGAAGGUGCAGGGGGUGGAGUGCCUCUACGGCUGCUACGUGCACUCGUCCAUCGUCCCCACCUUCCACCGCCGCUGCUACUGGCUGCUGCAGAACCCCGACAUCGUGCUGGUGCACUACCUGAACGUGCCGGCCAUGGAGGAGUGCGGCCGGCCCUGCGCCCCCCCGCUCUGCAGCCCCCCCCUCUGCGCCGCCGCCGCCGACCCCCGCGAGUGGCUCAAGUGGUCGCAGGAGGAGCUGGUGGCUCAGCUGCGCCCCAUGUUCCACGGGGUGAAGUGGGGCUGUGGGAACGGGGGGGCUCCCCCCGGGCUGUCCCUGGAGCAGCUGGUGCAGCACGUCCUGGAGCGGCACCAGGCGCGGUGCCCCCCCCGCACCCACGCCUGCCUGUGCGCCGGGGGGCUGGGCGCUCCCGGCCACAAGUGCGGCAGCACCAAGCACCGCAUCAUCUCCCCCAAAGUGGAGCGGGGCGGCGGGGGGGACGCGCCGGGAGACGCCCCCAAAGCCGCCCCCUCCUCCCCGGACACCACGCAGCCCUCGCCGGGGCUGGGGGGGGUCGCUGCGCCCCCCGAGGGGCCCCGAGCGCCCCCGUUCCCCCCGGCGGCGGGGCUGCCGCUGCUGCUGGUGGCCAGUUUGGGCGGGGGGGCGGCGCCGGGGGGGCCCGAGCAGCCGCUGGGGCUGACCCCCAGCCAGCACCUGGUGACCCCCGAGGGCACCUGCCCCACCGCGCCGCCGCCCCCGGCCGCCUUCGACCCCGACUGCUUCCUCAACAGCCCCCGCCGCGGGCAGACCUACGGCUGCGAGGCCGAGGCUCCCCCCGGGGCGCCCCCGCCGCCCCCGGGCACGCCCCCAGACCGGGAGGAGGAGGAGGAGGAGGAAGAGCAGGGAAAGCAGGGCGCAGCUCCCCAGGACCCCCUGUGCGACCUCAGCGCUGCCCCCACGCCCCAGCCGCCCCCCUUCCCCCUGCCCUUCCCCGAGCUGCUGGGGGGGGACUCGGGGGUCCCGCGGGACCCCCCCCACACCCCCCACCUGCCCCCUUCCCCCUCGGGCCCCCCCAGCGACCCCCCCGUGGCCAUCACCGAUUUCUCCCCGGAGUGGUCGUACCCUGAGGGCGGGGUGAAGGUGCUGAUCACCGGCCCGUGGGCGGAUCCCGGUGCCGCGUACUGCUGCCUGUUCGACCGCACUUCGGUUCCGGCCGCGCUGGUGCAGCCGGGCGUGCUGCGCUGCUACUGCCCCCCCCACGAGGCCGGAGUGGCCGCCCUGCGCGUGGCCUGUCCCCCGCGGCUGCUCUCGGCCGCGGCCCCGUUCGAGUACCGGGCGCGGGGGGCGGCGCGGGCGCAGCUGGACUGGCUGGCGCUGGACGAGGCCCAGUUCCGUCUGUCCAUCCUGGAGCGCCUGGAGCAGCUGGAGGCGCGGCUGGGGGCUCUGCCCCCCCCGGCGCCGCUGCCUCCCUCGCAGGGGGACCCCUCCGAGACCCCCCCUGAGCAGGGCCCGGGGCAAUCCUUCGAGGCGCGGGUGGUGGCCAUCUGCGAGGCCAUGAUGGCGCGGCCGGGCUGGCCGGGGACGGCGCUGGGGACAUCGGGGACAUCGGGGACCUCGCUGCUGGCGCACGGGGCGACGUUCCGCGGCAUGACGCUGCUGCACCUGGCGGCCGCCCAGGGCUAUGCCGGCCUGGUGGAGGCUCUGCGGCGCUGGCGGGCGCUGGCAGUUGACAGCCUGGAGCUGGAGCAGGAGAUCGACCCCCUGAACGUGGACCACUUCUCCUGCACCCCCCUGAUGUGGGCGUGCGCCCUGGGGCACCGGGAGGCGGCGGAGCGGCUGUGCCGCUGGGACCGGCGGGCGCUGGCCGUCCCCGACAGCCUGGGGCGGCUGCCGCUGGCCCUGGCGCGUGCCCGCGGCCACCUGGCGCUGGCCACGCGCCUGGAGGAGCUGCAGGUGGCGCCCGUGUCCCCGCGCUGUCACCUGCCCGGCCUGCGCGUCCCCUCGCCGCUCUCCGCCAGCCCCGACACAGGGCUGAGCACAGCCAGCAGCCUGUCGUCCCCGUCAGGGCUCUCGGACGGUCCUGGCUCUGUCCCGCUGCCCCCCGGCCCCCCUGGUCCCUCUGAGGAUGAGAGCUGGGGGGUGGCAGUGCCCCCCAGCCCCCCUGAGGAUGCCCUGGCCCCACCCUGCGAUGCCCUGCAGGCCGAGGUGGUGACACUGGCGCGACAGAUCAUCGAGGCAACCCCCGAGCGCAUCAAGCAGGAGGCACCGGGGGGGCCAACGGGGGCACUGGGAGCACUGGGAGCACUGGGAGCAGCAGGGGGGGCCGCAGGGACAGCGGGGCCAGCCGGGCCAGCAGGGCUGGGCGCCGCCAUGGCCUGGCUGGCCACGUACCUGGAGAGCGUGGACCGUCCCCCCGCGCCUCCCCACAGAGCCGAGCUGGCCUCGCGGGGGUCCCCGGGGGUCCCCGAGCGGCCGCCCCCCCCUUCGGCCGCAGGCUGGGCCGAGUUCCUGAACGCGUCCGGGGGGGCGCGGGGCGAGGGCGGCGCCGUGGCCCUGCUGACCCUCAGCGACCAGGAGCAGCGCGAGCUCUACGAGGCCGCGCGCCUCGUGCAGGGCGCGUUCCGCAAGUACCGGGGCCGCAGGCUGAAGGAGCAGCAGGAGCUGGCCGCUGCCGUCAUCCAGCGCUGCUACCGCAAGUACAAGCAGUUCGCCCUGUUCCAGCGGAUGACGCAGGCCGCCAUCCUGAUCCAGAGCAAGUUCCGGAGCUACGCGGAGCAGAAGCGGUUCCAGCGGCGCCGGCGCGCGGCCGUGCUCAUCCAGCAGCGCUUCCGCAGCCUGCGCCAGCACCGGAGCACCUUCCUCACCCUCAAGCAGGACCAGGCGGCGCGGAAGAUCAUGAGGUUCCUGCGGCGCUGCCGCCACCGGAUGGAGGAGCUAAAGCAGAACAAGGAGGUGGACAGUUUACAGACGCGGGGCCUGGCUUCGUGAUCCCCCCACGGGGGUCCCAGGCACGGGGGGGGUUCCCCUCCCUGUCCCCCAGGCGGUUCUGUGUGUCUGGGGUCCCCUGCAGGGCUCGUGGGGAGGGCAAGGAGGGGGAACAGACGCCCCGUGCCCCCUCCCCGCUCGCCCCUGGACCGCCCCCACCGCCCUCCCCCGCAUGCCCCACUCUCCCCCGCCCCGCGUGGGCUCUUUGUACAAAGUUCCAUUAAAAACGAGGAAGCGGGAAUAAGA